CGGGGCCUCUAUCGUUUAAUCCAUAAAAAGGCGGAGCUCCCAGCCGGCGCGUUUCUUCCUCUCUCGUCUGAUUUUUGUCUUGCAGAACAUGGGCAUCAACUGAGAAACGCGCUCUUUGAACUCACGAUGGAGCCUUCUUUGCCUGCCGUGUUUGUCCGAAAGCAGUAUGUAGGCGGCUACGACCGGACUGUGAAGGUAUACCGUGAAGGAGCUUUUCUUAAACUACUUGAAGGAAACAGGCAAACGAAACAGACUUCAUAUGACUAUGAUCUGAUUGUCAUUGGAGGAGGUUCUGGUGGACUGGCAGCUUCAAAGGAAGCAGCCAUACUUGGCAAGAAUGUAUUGGUUCUGGAUUUUGUCGUCCCUACUCCUUUAGGAACAACUUGGGGUCUUGGAGGAACUUGUGUAAAUGUAGGCUGCAUCCCUAAAAAGCUGAUGCAUCAGACAGCUUUGCUUGGGCAAGCCAUAAAAGAUGCACCCACGUUUGGGUGGCAGCUGGGUGACAAACCCAUAAAGCACAGCUGGAGCGCUUUGACAGAAGCUGUUCAGAAUCAUAUUGGCUCUCUGAAUUGGGGAUAUAGAGUGUCCCUCCGAGAGAAUAAGGUCACAUAUGAAAAUGCUUACGGGGAGUUCACUGGACCACACACAAUUAAGACAACAAAUAGUAAAGGGGUGGAGAAAAUUUACACAGCAGAAAGAUUCCUGAUUGCCACUGGAGAAAGACCUCGCUAUCUCAACGUUCCAGGAGACAAGGAAUAUUGCAUCACCAGUGAUGACCUCUUCUCGCUGCCUUACUGCCCAGGAAAGACAUUGGUGGUUGGAGCGUCUUACGUUGCUCUUGAAUGUGCAGGAUUUCUUGCUGGGCUUGGCUUAGAUGUGACUGUCAUGGUGCGUUCCAUUCUCCUGAGAGGCUUUGAUCAGGAUAUGGCAAAUAAAAUAGGAGAACAUAUGGAAGAGCAUGGUAUAAAGUUCAUAAGAAAAUAUGUACCCACUAAGAUUGAACAGAUUAAGGCAGGAACUCCUGGACUGCUAAAAGUUACAGCUCAGGCUACAGAGAACUCUGAAAUAAUUGAAGGAGAAUACAACACAGUGUUGCUAGCAAUAGGAAGAAAUGCCUGCACAAAAAAAAUUGGCCUACAGAAAGUUGGAGUGAGGAUCAAUGAAAAUACAGGAAAAAUCCCUGUUAAUGACAAGGAACAGACAAACGUGCCUUACAUCUAUGCUAUUGGAGAUGUCCUGGAAGGCAAACCAGAACUCACCCCAGUGGCAAUUCAGGCGGGUCGGCUGUUGGUGAGGAGGCUUUACGCUGGAGCAUUCACAAAGUGUGAUUAUAUAAACGUCCCCACUACCGUAUUCACUCCUUUGGAAUAUGGAGCCUGUGGUUACUCAGAAGAAAAAGCAAUUGAAAGAUUUGGCAAUAAUAGGAUUGAGGUUUACCACAGUUACUUCUGGCCACUGGAGUGGACAGUCCCAUCCCGGGACAACAACAAAUGCUAUGCAAAAAUUAUUUGCAAUCUUGCAGAUAGGAAUCGAGUUAUUGGUUUCCAUGUGCUUGGUCCCAAUGCUGGAGAAAUUACUCAGGGAUUUGCAGCAGCCAUCAAAUGUGGAAUGACGAAAGAGCAGUUGGACAGCACAAUAGGAAUUCAUCCAGUCUGUGCGGAGAUAUUCACUACAUUGUCGGUGACAAAGCGCUCUGGUGGAAACGUCGUUCAGUCUGGAUGCUGAGGUUAAAGUCACCCGCUGUUUGCCAUUGCCAAAAACUGACUUUCAUCACGGUUGCAACCUUCAGAAGUCCGCAGCUGGGAUGUAAGAACCAUUAAGACCUGCUUUCCUUUCAGCUUCAGCCGGCAAAGGGAGCAGAUGAAGAGCACUGAAAGCUGCAAAUUAAUUGUGAUGAUUGCAUGGCAACUGGCAUGACAGCGGGAUAGGCCCAUGAUCAAGAUGCUGCUGGCAAAGCAUUGGCAAGAUGCUUCUAUGAAGUCGUAGCCUAAAACCAGUUUCUCUGGUAGGCAACGAUGGAACAAUUGCCAGCACAGCUUGAAACUCUUUCCUCUCAUUGGAAUAAAGAGACUUAGCUUCACUUUCAUGAUUUUUAUAGACCCUCCAACAACACAAAUCUAUCUGGACUUCUAACAGAAACAAAUGACCCAAGUUCUGAAGAAAUAAAUGUGUUUCUAAUAUGAAACAGCAGAUCAUUGUGCCCUCUCAAAUUCUGUAAAAUUGAAAGGGAUACUGUGUCACUGUUAUUCCUAUUUAGAAACUGUGCUGUAUCUCUGAUGCUAAUUACAUUGAGUCAUUUCGACAGGAAAAAUCCUCCCCCUUCCAUCAUCAAAGCAAACCAUGUCUGAAUUAUUUAUAUAAAAAACUAUUUAGAAAGA